AUGCCGGCUCUCGGUGGACGACCGUCCUUGCCGAGUGCGCUUCGCACAGACAAGGAGAACACGCCCAUGUCGCCGGGGCGCAGCCCCGAUACGAAGCGGCGCCGGACCAAGAGCCUGGGCGGGAUGCUGUCGCCCACCAAGGCCCAGCCCGCGUCGCUCGCCGACGCUACAUCUCGGCCGCGACAGCCGCGAAAGAGUGCGAUUCGGUCUACGCCGCAGGUGUUCCAGAGCCCGACCGAGCUGGGUCCGAAUCCGGAGCAUCAGCACAUGCGGCGGCACGACAUGCUCGACGAGCUCGUGGACGAGCGACUGCGCUCGCCCGGUCUGCCGAAUCCCUUCACAGCCAUGUACCGUGCGUCGAGUGCGUCGCCCAUCAAAGCGCCCGCGACAGACACAGCGGAUCGGAAGAGUCGUCGAGUCACGUUCAGUGCAGUGCGUGAGCAGACGGACUUUGAGCAGGACGAGCCGACGAUGAGUAUCAAGCCGGCCCAGGCGCAAGAGCGCAGUACGCUGAUGGACAGAGGUUCGCCCGUGCCGAAUGGCACGUCAUCCGACGAGAGCGAUGUGUCGAUGAGCCUGGAAUCUGACGGCACGAUGGAGCUGACGGCCGCCUGGCAGCCGGACCCCCCUCACGACGAGAGUGAUAUGGAGUUGACGGGGCGCUACACGGCUGCGAGCGACGACGUGUCCGCGGAGCUCGACUCGACGCAGACCAUGGACCUCACAGCUGCGUACGUCCCUGAGGACGCAUCGCAGGACACGACGCUCGACAGCGAGGCGGAGCGCUCGGCGAUGGAAAUGACGGAAAUGUGGGGGCAGUUUGCCGACGAAGCCACCCGGCAACGUCGAGAGGCCUCUCUCUCGCCCAAGCGCUCGCCUGUCCGCCGCCAGACCAUGUUCUUGUCGCCGGACCGCAAGGCGCGCACGGCCUCGGCAGGCAGCACACCGAAGGCGCGUGCGCCCACGCCCGAGCCUAUCACGACGCCGCCCGUCAGCAUGCCCAGCACGCCGACACGCUUUCGGCAGUCGCUCCGGGGUGGCGUGCCUUCGCCCGAGUACAAGCAUUCACCAGCGCGACGCACACCGCGUGUGCGCCUCUCUGAACUUCAUACCAAGCCGCGCUCGCCGUUUAUUCACUCGUUGCUCAAGCACCGCAGCGGAGGGCGCAUCACGCACAUGUCACCACGCUCCGACAGUGACAGUGAGGUGGUGUCCGAGACUUCUUUUCACAUGCAGCUGGCCGACUUUUUGGGCGUGAUUGGGCUGAAAUUCCACGAGGACAUGACGGCAUCGCGCACGCAUGCUGAGCGACCUGGUAACACCGAGGCGCCUGCCGUGCCUGCGAUGGCCGUGCACCAUGCCAAGAUGGCGGGCGCUGCGGCGCCGAUGCUGCAAGCGCUGCGCAACGCAUGCCAGGAGCUCAAGCAGCAUGUGGAAGACGGACGCGAGCGACUGCGUGCGAUGGAGCAAGACUUUUUCGCGCGUCCGCCGGCUUUUGUGCAGGAAUGGGGUCAGCUGGACGACGAGGAUAUGCGUCGCAGUAUGAAGGGCCAGCUGAACGUGCACAAGCAGGCGGCGCGAGCCGCGGCGAUGCAUGACUAUUACGGCUGGCGGACGGAUAUGCAGUACGACGACGAGAUCGUCGCGAUGCUCACGCAGCACCGCGAUGCAUUGCAGGCAGAUGCAGAGCGCGUGCACGCACGGCGCGAAGAGCUGGAAGUCGAGCUGCUGCCUGCGCUUCGUGCGCGUCAUUCGGAGCUGAAGCGCCGUGUGCAGGAGGCACAUGCGCGGCAGCAGGCGAUUCGUGCGUGUGAUCCAGAAGAGCUGCGGCAUCUGCACGCAUCUAUGGACGAACAGGACCAUGUGCUGCAAACGAUGCGGGCGAAGCAGCGCGACGUCGCAGACCAGCUCUCACGCGUGCGGGCACGGCUGGACGAGACAGCUGUCAAGCGUGAGCAGACGGAGGAGCUCAUCCGCGCAGCGCGUGUCGUGAGCGAUCAGAUCCAUGGGUGCACAUCAGGCGAAGCCGUACGCCUCGAGCGGCGCAUCCGUCAUCUGGAGGUGCUGCUCCAGUGGCGCUUAUCGAGCAAGACCUCGACCCUGCUCCAACUCGUGUAUGCGCGUGCGCUGACGGUAGCGAUCGAGCUGGAUGGGCGUCAGGGUGGCGUCAAGCGCGUCGCCAUCUCACCCGUGUGCCCCGUCGAGGCGUCGCAUAUGCACAUGGCGGCCAUCUCUGUGAUCCGCACCCGCAUGGCAUCGGAGAUGCCGGCGUCCGUGCCGGAAGUACUGCGACAGGUCGCGCAGCUCUGGCACACGUAUGUCAAGGCACGCGCCCAGGUCGACCGACUGCGCCUCCAUGUGCCCGUCGUCGUAUCUCCGUCCCGCGGAGACAAAGGGCCGGACACAGCUCUCGAUGUCAUGGCCACUGUCCUGCUGGAGCGCGCGCAGGCCAAGGCCCACGUCCAUGUGGACAUCGACUUGGCGCGUGCGUCACCGCUAUCUCCUCAAGUGCAUGUGUCGCUCGUGUACGGCCACAUGGAUACCGACACACUCGCCCACAUGAUCCAGAGCGCGCUCGCCAAGGACGCCCACUCGCCCCACGCCCUGGCCUACGCCAUCACACACGCUCAGGCCACGAUGGACACCUAG